AGCCCCACCGUUUGCGUCGCGUGUUUGCUAUGGACGCUUCAGCAGUACCAGCGGCAGUACUUCUGAUUUGGUGCAUUUUCCCUAAGUGAAGUGUUGUAAUUUAAGAUUUGUGUUUCGAAACUAUAGUGUUUCCCUGAGCCAGAGGCAAAUGAUAUAAGGCCAGUUUCACCUCUUGCACAGGUUUUGGCCUACUUUGAUCGAGUGAGCAAGGAAUCACAGGAAACAGGCCAUUAAAACAUGGCUCGUCUUUCAGCGAAACCCCUUCUGCUACUGUGUUAUUUCGGGUUUUUCAACGGGAUCGUAGUAACCAUCAAAACGGUGGAGCAAUCAUUGCCCGCACCUCGAGCCUUCAAUUUUCCACAAGAAGAAGGGUCCCCUGCGAAUGACCUAACACGACAGGCCACAUUUAACGUGAGCAACGGAAUAACGAGCGGUGUGCUGACGGGUGUCGUACCGAUACCGACCGGUGGCCUCGUACCUAAUAUCGUUAACCCAGGUACGGUGGUCGGUGGCCAGACGUGCAUCUGUGUUCCAACGGGACGCUGCAAUGCUUCGUCGAUCGGAACUGGUACUUCUACCGAUGGUGCUGGUCAGCUGGAUGUUAGAAUCGUAUCGAAUCCUAGCGCCAAUACGGGCGUUACCUUGACGACGGCUACAACGACUACAACCACGACGCCCGCCAGUCAGGUCCUUUCCGUAAACAUCGUGUCUCCGAGCACAUGCCAGUCGGGGCUAGAGCGUUGCUGUCUGGCCGGUAGCUAUCCGUGCGGUUUACAGUAUCCGCCGGUCGCUAAUGCACCCGCCGUUGCGGCCAAUCAGGCCAGCUAUGGUGAGUAUCCGUGGCAGGUGGUGCUUCUUGGGCCUGGCGAUGUAUACGUCGGUUCCGGUGCGCUAAUCAAUGCGAAUCACGUCCUUACGGCUGCCCAUAAGAUAUCGGAUUACACUUCUGGAACGCGUGCAUUGAAGGUGCGGUUGGGUGAAUGGGAUGCCGCAUCCACCACGGAACCAUUUCCGGUGCAGGAGUUCACGGUUACACGUUACUUCGUGCAUCCAAGCUUUAGCUCGGCCAACCUUCGCAAUGACAUUGCCCUACUCCGGCUCUCCGGUACGGUCACCCUUGGGACGGUACCGACCAUCACGACCGCCUGUCUACCGGUCACCUCGUUCGACGGCAGCCGCUGCUGGGUGUCCGGUUGGGGUAAGAACGAUUUCGUCAGCGGAGCCUUCCAAUCGAUUCCGAAGGAAGUGGACGUGCCGGUAGUAGCGACGGCCAGCUGCCAAACGGCACUCCGUACGACAAGACUCGGGCCGAAUUUUGUGCUAGAUCCGACCAGCUUCCUUUGUGCCGGUGGUGAGCUCGGAAAGGACGCUUGUACCGGCGACGGCGGUUCACCGUUGGUCUGUGCGCUCAAUGGGCGCUUCUAUGUAGUAGGCUUGGUAGCUUGGGGUAUCGGGUGCGGUGCUAAUGGCAUCCCUGGUGUGUACGUCAACGUUGCUUCAUACAUCUCGUGGAUUACGAACACAAUCGCCACCGUUUAACCCGCCCGUCGGUCCAAAGCGCACACACAAUAACCAAAUACAAACAACGAACAAUUACAAUAGCCAACUACUACCGCACGGCCGAGAGACCGUUAAGUAUCGUGAUAUUUACAGAGGUAACAAUCAAAGCAAACGAAUCAGUCCACACACUGAGAGGGGAGGAAGUAAAGCAAAAAAAAAACAGAAAAUUCCAACGCGAUUGUUGAUUUAACUUUGUGUAACAAACAAUAAAACAAUGUUUUAGUCUC